CCCCGGGAUUGGCUUCGUUUCCUUUCCUCUGCCCAUCUUUGCUUUUUCCCUCUCUUCUUCCAUUUUCUCGCGUUGUCUUCACCGGCGCUGCUGUCGAUUCGUCUCACUUCUUCAACUCACCUUCUACACAUACAAGACAUCCCGCAAGACCAUUACUUUCUUCUCUACGCCCCGAGUCUCACUUGCACCUCGCCCACGCCCAGAAUAGUCGCCGUGUUUCACAUCCUCUUCUUUUUUUUGCCGCGACAAAGAAACAUUGCCUCGAUCAUUAGACGACGUCUUUUACACACUGUCUCCAGUCCCUGUUUCCCUGUUUCUUUUCCUUUCUUUUUCGCAUCUACAUUGCGUAGUCUGCAGUCAAAACCGGUAAUCCUUCAGCUGCGUGCCUUGACUCGUCAUCGGCGCUGCGAUCGAACCGCUUAAAAAAAAAAAGGCAGCGUUUUGGAUUGGAUCUGCACUGAUCGUUUGGUUUCUUCUUUUUUGAAACAGACUGAGGAAAAAAAGUUUGAAAAAAUUAAAACCGGUUUGCUAGCAGGAAACACCGUUUGCCAAAGAAAAAAGUAUAUCGCAUUGCCCGUUGCUGUUUCCCCCACCAGACAAACGAAACACCAAACAACCAGAAGCGAGCGAGAUGGAGGCACCAACCCGCCGUCCUUCCUUUGGAGGGCUCCUCAAGCGCACCCUCAGCGGCGCAAACCUCAGAAAGCAGGCGCAAGAGGCCCGUGAAGCGGAGCUUGAGCGCCAAAAGUCCAUGAUGCCGCCUCGCCUGCCCGAUCUCGACGCAGAGAAGCUCGCAAAGUCCUUCAGCACCACUCUCCAGCUCGACAACCCCCAGUACCACUACAGCGAAAACUACCAGAUGGCCUCGGCCAACGGCGAACUCAACCGAUCUCUUACCAGCAACUCCGUCUUCUCCCAGGUCAGGCAGCCGCCUGCCUUUGAUCCCUUUGCUCGCUCCGAGAGCAUGGCCCAUCGCGGCCGAUAUAGCUAUGCAAGCAGUGCCGUCAGCACGUUGAAUAGCCCUAGAAGGGUUCGAAGACGCAAAGAUCCCACUCCCUUCAACAUUCUUGUUAUUGGCACCGCCGGUGCUGGAAAGACAUCUUUUAUCGAAUUUCUCAAGACUGCCCUUGCUCUCCCUGCACGAAAGAGAGCCAACAAGAGCGCGGAAGACGAAUUCCGCAUCCCGGUACCCGCUUCUGGCAACUUUGUCCCCAACUAUCUCGAGACCGAAAUCGACAAUGAGCGAGUGGGCCUGACCAUUUGGGACUCGGAGGGCUUGGACAAGAACAUGAUUGAUCUCCAGCUUCGCGAGAUGGAAGCCUUUAUCGAGAGCAAGUUUGAGGAUACAUUUAGCGAGGAGCGCAAGGUGGUUCGAUCCCCAGGAGUGCAGGACACCCACAUUCACACCGUCUUCCUCCUUCUGGAUCCCAUCCGCCUCGAUCGCAACCUUGACAAGGCUCGCAAGAUGUCUGCCAGCGGCCGCCAGAGCGGAUUCCACCUUCCUCUAAAGAAUACUGGUGCCGGAGCACUGGAUGAGGACAUUGAGCUGCAGGUGAUGAGAACGCUCCACCAAAAGACAACCGUUGUCCCCGUCAUUGCCAAGGCCGACACCAUCACCACCAAGCACAUGCGUGUACUGAAGCGCUCUGUUUGGACCGCCAUCAAGGCUGCCAAUCUCGACCCCUUGGAGGCAUUGGGUAUGGAGGAGGAAGUGUCGACACCUACCGGUACUGAAAUGGUCACCCAGUUUUCUACCCCUAGAAGGGACUCGGACACCCUCUCUCAAGGCCCUCAAGUCACACCUCAAGCGUCGCCCAAGGAAUCUCCCACAAACACACCCAACAGAAGACUCUCGACCCAGUCGGUUCUUAAGUACAAGGCCUCUCAGGAAGAGUCGGAGGAAGUCCCAUUCCUUCCCCUCUCCAUCAUCAGCCCCGAUCCCUACGAUCCCAGUGUCGUCGGCCGCGAAUUCGCUUGGGGCGUUGCUGAUCCCUACAAUGAGCAGCACUGCGACUUUGAGCGCCUCAAGGAGUCUGUCUUUUCUGAGUGGCGACCCGAGCUGCGCCAAGCCAGCAAGGAGCAGUGGUACGAGGGCUGGAGAACUAACAAGCUCAACCGUCGUGACAGAGGCAUCUACGGCUACUAAAGCGAUACCCCAUCCAUUCUUUGAUUCCUGUACAUGUAUUACCUUCACGCACCGGCAUUUGAGAGACUCGGCCCUGCGACUACUUUUGCUUCUUUUUCCUUUUUUCUCUAUGGCUUGCCUGAUGCCUCCCAUGUGGGGGUAUAGGGCAGCCCAGUGUGUAAGCCCGUCACUUGAUGGCGGCAGACGCCCUUUCUCUACGUUUUCAUUUGUCUCUGAGAUAUGUUUUGACUUUUUUGAGCCUUUGUUUUACUUUGUUUAUGACCUACGGGUCCUUGAAUUCUUUGAUACGCCCAAUGCGGCGAAAAGCCAGAGUUGGGUGGCGUUUGGAAGCCGCUCGGGCUGAUGUAGGAAGAGCCUGACAACACAGUGGGCAUGUAUAUACAUAUUUAUCCGUAGCAUUUGAUUAUCUCUAUACAGUGAGAGUUGUGUUAUAUACGAGUUUUGGCGUAUAAGUGGCGG